CCGUAUCUACAUUUCCUUCCGCUGUCAUCCUUUUUCGAACUACAGUGGUUUCUUUGCUCCUGCUCCCUCUAUUGUUUCAUUACUUAGCGACUUUAAUCUCCAAAUCCAAGGAAUGAGUUUCCUUUCUUCACCCCCUUCCCUAUUCUAAGUUUCAAACCCAAUUGCUAUCUUCUUCUGUAACUUUCUGGAACAGCUUCUCUUGUUUUCUAUCUCUUUAUAUUGGCCCAUGUACCUGCCUGAGAAUCCUCGUCCUAUUGACUUCUAUAAGGAGGAGGGGAGAGAGAUGAUGAUUGAAGUUGUUGGCAAUGGUGGCUUGCAGCCCCAGCAACAACAGCAGCAACAGCAGCAGCAAAUGAUUCUUGCCGAGAGCAGCGGAGAAGACCACGAGGUGAAGGCGCCCAAAAAACGAGCCGAGACCUGGGUCCAGGAGGAGACCCGAAGUCUCAUCAGUUUCCGGCGAGAAAUGGACAGUCUUUUCAAUACUUCCAAGUCCAACAAGCAUCUCUGGGAGCAGAUUUCGUCUAAAAUGAGGGAGAAGGGUUUCGAUCGAUCCCCAACCAUGUGCACCGAUAAAUGGAGGAACUUGUUGAAAGAGUUCAAGAAGGCAAAGCACCAAGAUAGAGGUAGUGGUUCAGCCAAGAUGUCGUACUACAAGGAACUGGAGGAAUUGCUCAGGGAGAGAAGUAAAAAUGCAUCUUACAAGAGUCCUACACCUUCUAAGGUCGAUUCAUACAUUCAAUUCCCAGAUAAAGGUCUUGAGGAUGCCAAUAUUCCAUUUGUAUCUGUUGAAGGUACUGGAAGAUCAACACUCAAUCUUGAAAGGCGUUUGGAUCAUGAUGGACACCCUCUUGCCAUCACGCCAGCUGAUGCAGUUGCAGCCAAUGGAGUUCCCCCAUGGAAUUGGAGAGAGACCCCUGGAAAUGGUGGGGAGAGCCACUCUUCCUAUGUUGGGAGGGUAAUAUCAGUAAAGUGGGGGGAAUACACUAGGAGGAUUGGCAUCGAUGGUACUGCAGAUGCAAUAAAGGAGGCAAUCAAGUCUGCGUUUGGCUUAAGAACCAAACGGGCAUUUUGGUUAGAGGAUGAAGACGAAGUUGUUCGGAGCCUUGACAGGGACAUGCCAUUGGGGAUUUACACUCUUCACCUCGACGAGGGAUUGAUGAUAAAAGUGUGUCUCUACGAUGAAUCUGACCGCAUACCCGUCCGUACUGAAGACAAGACACUUUACACCGAAGAUGAUUUACGUGAUUUCCUUAGCCGUCGUGGUUGGAUAGGUCUAAGAGAGUUCAACUGCUUUAGAAGCAUCGACACUUUAGAUGAUCUCCGUCCUGGUGCAGUCUACCAGGGUGUUGUGAGAUUGCUUGGGGACUGAGGGAGUGUUGCAUUGGCAUCCUGAUGAGCGAUGGAAUUUCCAGAUUAAAGCUUCUGUCCUGUAUACAUUUUUUUCUUUUUUUUAUCCCUUCUGUGCACACUUGCACCUCAUGUAGUAAUCCUGCCUACUCACACUCUUCAAGUGAACUCGAGGCAAAAGAUGAGGCAAACCUCACCAGCAUGUGUAUAGCAAUUUGAUGAAAUGGUAGGACGAAAGAAAAAAACACAUUUUUUGGA